UGUGGAUGGGUUGAUUUCUAUCUUUCUAACAUAGAACGACAAAGCAACUAAAAUACCUUCAAAAAUGUACAUCCAUACUCAAAUGUAAGUAAAAUUACAAAAGCUUUGAAAUUUAAAAUAUAUGUAACAGGUUGAUAUUAAAUGUUAAAAAUAAAAGAUGUGUUACAAAAUUAGCUUGAAAGAAGAAAAAGGGAAGUGGGGGUCAUACUACCAUCCUCCCUUUCCCCUCUAGUCUCAUCUUGUUUACGGUCUUUCCAGCCUGCUUACAUGUCCAAAAUAUGUGACAAAUUAUUCAAUUUGAGUAAUAUCUGUACCAUUAGUGCCACGCUGGCAACUGUGAACACAGAUAUAAAGGUCUGGCUCAGUACAGACAGUUCACUCCUGCUGUCGACCGUUCAGCUCUCACACGUCGGUGUUUCCUCAACAGUCUGCGCCAUGAAGUCGUUUGCCUUGGGUCUGCUGGUCCUCUACCUUACAGGUAUCCUGGCUCUGUUUGCCAUUCCUCCGUAUAAAAAGCGAGAAAGUUCCUGCGAUGAAUCGCAAGCGAUGCUGUGUGUCUUGCCACUUCUAGAAUACUCAAACCCAUUCAGCGGCUCCAAACUCGAAGAACUGAGCGAUGCCAAAACCCUUGAACAGCAGUGCUCACUCCUGGAUAGCGCUAAGGACUGUAUGAGCAACUUCAUUAGUGACUGCUACCCUUCAGAAGCUGUAGACAUCACAGUUCAGACUUUGGAAAGUGUCGUGGGCUACGUCUGCAGUGCAGAGGGCAAGGAUGCUCUUUUGUCCGAAUCCGAGUGCUUUGCCAACGCAGACAUCGAGAGCUCUAUGCAGCGCUGCACAGACCCAUUGGAUCUCGAGUUACAGCAGGCAGUGGUGCAGCUUCAGGCCAAUCCACAAGCCGAUACUGAGAUCAUCUGUAGGCCAAUCGACAAUUUCGCGACUUGUGCGACACAAAGGGUGAGGGCGGAAUGCAGCCAGAAGGCUGUCAACUUCGUGCGAAACCUUAUCUCUCGUGUGACGACUCCAAUUAAAAGUACGAUAGGAUGCAACAGCCAGGCCAGACUGGUCCGCGACCUCGUGAAACUCAUUGCUCGACGAAAGUGAAGACAACAGUGACGACAGGGAGGCGGGGACUCACAACAGCUUUCUAUGCUCGAGCUGUUGUCGACGUUUCACAAAGUGUAUGGCAGUGCUGGAAAAUUUUCAAUACGAAUUCUGUUUAGCUGGCGUGCAUGUCAGCAAAAUCAAACUUUGAAAUCCAACUCUGUAUUAACCUGAUAUCUCUGCAGUCUACUCAUAUAGCAUAAAAGCACUUUGCUAAAGUCUUUUUUCUUUAGAUAUUUGAAGAUUGAAAUAAACUCAAUUUUGCAAAGGAAU